CUUCCCAGUCGUCCCCGACUCUCACCGGAAUGUCGGGAUCUCCUGCAGCGCCUCCUGAAGAGGGACCCCCAGCAGCGCAUCUCUUUCCAGGAGUUCUUUGAUCAUCCUUUCGUGGACCUGGAACACAUGCCUAGCAAAGAGAGCCUGGGCCAAGCCACCUCUCUUGUAACGGAAGCGGUGAAGAAGGACCAGGAAGGAGACGCAGCCGCCGCCCUCUCUCUGUAUUCCAAGGCCUUGGAGUAUUUUGUCCCUGCCUUGCGCUAUGAAGUUGACGCCCGCAGGAAGGAGGCAAUCAGGUGCAAGGUGAGUCAGUACAUCUCUCGAGCGGAACAGCUCAAGGCGCUGGUCGCCUCCAGCAACAAAGCUCUCCUGCAACAAGGCUGCCCUUCCAGAGAUAUCUUGAAAGAGAUGUCAAAGGACAAGCCACGCCUUUACACGGCUCUGGAGCUAGCCUCAGCGGCUGUGGCGAAGGAGGAGGAGGGGAAAGAUGAUGCCGACACUCUGGAUCUGUACCAGCAGAGCCUGGGGGAACUGCUGCUCAUGUUGGCAGCCGAGCCCGUAGGGAGAAGACGGGAAUUGCUACAUGCUGAGAUUCAGACACUGAUGGGCCGAGCAGAAUACCUGAAAGAACAGAUCAAGAUGAAGGAAUCUCAGUGGGAAGCCGAGGCCAUUGGCAAAGAGGGCAUGUUCGACUCCGUGAAAAGCUCCUGCAGCGUGCAGUAACCCACAUGCCCGGAGAACACCUGGUGGAUUCAGUACCUCAAAGCCGAGCAAGCGAAAGGCAGCCCUCUUUACCUCAAACCUGUCUGUGCAGUAAGGACGUGUGAAAGUUGGUAGAGAAUUCUUGCACACAGCUGGGGGAAAGGCUGUCACGCCCUGAGGUUGUAUAUGUUGUCAUGGUUUGUAUAGUGUGAUAUAUUUAAACUGGUAUCUUGUAAAAAAUUGAGUUCCAUGAGUGAUGCUAUAGAGCUCUGGUUCCCAACGGUGGGCUCCCAGAUGUUGUUGGACUGCAGCUCCCAGAAGCCCGGGGGUUCUGGGAGUUGUAGUCCAAGAACAUCUGGCGACCCAAGCAAAGAAUUCCUGCAAAGCAUUUGAUGCAAAGAACGAGUGGGCAAGAUGUAGCUUGAGGGCCACAUGUGGCUUCACCACUUUUUUUUGGUGGCCUCUGGAACCCCACUCUACGCAAGGGGAUGUACAUAAAGAAAUAAAGAAUUUCAGUCCA